GCGUUUACAUACUAAGUUACCUCCCUUAUAUGUAAAGUUGCCAUUUGUAGCAUCAUUUCUGCACUGGAAAACACAAUGGAACCGGUGGCAAUUAAAGUAGAAAUAGACGACUUUGAGGAAGAAAAGGAACCGCCGAACUACAGUACCUCAAGUACACUAAAGGCACUUAUUGCAAAGAAAGUUAAAGAUAAUGAAAGACAGCUACGUGCAGAGAAUAAGAGCAAUAAUCCAGAAAAUGAAAUCCAACAAACAGAUGAAAAGAAACCUGAAAUAAAGAAACGUAGAGGAGGGCGUCCUAAAAAGUCAGAAUCUGAAAAGAAACAGAAGCAAACAGAAAGAGCUCGUCGUUUUAGAGCUAAAAAUGUGAAUAUAGGAGAUCAAGUUGAAAGAUGGGCAUUUGUAAAGUGUAUGACAAACACUGAAAGUAAUAGUGAUAUGGCAAAGAUACUUAUAGAUUUCUAUGUACAGCACCACCCUGGUCUAGCCAUGAUUCCUGGAAAUCCAUUGAGUAAUACAGACCAGGCAGGUCCAAAUAUAUCUGACUCGACAGAUUCUGAUAAUAGGGAACUUGGACUUGAUUGCCAUAGAAUCAAAGUUGAAGUAUCUGAAGGAGAAAUAGCAAAUGAUACUGUAUUUGAUCAGGAGAAAAGUUUAUCAAGGUUACCUGAUAUAAAAGUUGAACCUGACUCUGAUAUAAUUAAAGUAGAAGUAGAGGACAGUGACUAUAACAAUGCUUUAUCUUUUACACCUAACUCUACAGCUGUAAGUAACUGUAACCAUAGCAAUCCAGAAAAAUGUGAUGAAUCACAGGAAAAAAUACAGAUAGUACAAAAAAGGCAAGGAAAAAACUUGCAACAAAAGGAAAGAACUGGUAAUUUAAAGCGUAAAGGUUUAUCAGAUGCAAUAUCUUAUCUUAAGGUAAAGAGGAUGGGGGAUAUACAGUGAAUAAAAAAGGAUAGUGUGAAUUCCAUUGUUGUCAAAACUUCCUUUAAUGUUGUAAA